GAAAGGAAUUUGUUGUAGAGGCCUCGAAACGUAUUAAUUAUAUUCAAUUCUUUUGAAUAGUCUUGGCACAAAGGCAGCCAUUGCUUUAACACAGAGAUCACAGACAGCCAGGAUUAGCCGUAAGUUUGUUGUAUGUGACUGUGAUUUGUUUCGAUUACGUGCUGUGAAUCAACUCUGUUGUCAUGCUAACAUAAAGAUCGACGAAUUGAGGACAUGAAUUUUGGGAUCUAGACGUGUGUACGGAUCUAAGAUGGCGCGGGGAUCGUUUUGUUUAGUGUUCCUGACAAUUAUACUGCACCAGUGCGCCAUUCUGAAUGUGAGUAAGGCCCAAGGCCAAGGGGGAUUCUCGGGUACUGGGGCCCGUAAAAAUUCGAAAUGUGAACCGAUCGCUAUCCCUUUAUGUAAAGAUAUUAUAUACAAUGAAACUAUCAUGCCAAACUUACUGUCCCAUCAACAUCAGGACGAUGCCGGAUUAGAAGUGCACCAGUUUUUUCCCCUUGUAAAAGUCCAGUGCAGUCCCCAACUUCGUCUGUUCCUAUGUACAAUGUAUGUACCCGUGUGUACAGUCCUGGAGGAACCGAUCCCACCGUGUCAGAGUCUAUGUAACCAAGCCAGACAUGGUUGUGAAAGUCUCAUGAACAAAUUCGGAUUCCAAUGGCCAGAUACACUCGAAUGCAGCAAGUUCCCACCCAGAGGAUUGUGUGUUGGUGAAAAUAAUACCGACCCUGACAGCACCGCAGGCACAGGUAAUACAGGCCCCGGGGGUGGGGGCAUCGACCAAGGGACCCCCGGGAUCUCCGGGGGAGGGGGUACAAUCAUGUUCCCCAAUAACGCCUACUACCCUGACCAGGUGUUCAACACAUCACGCCGCCACAACUUUGAAUGUCCACUUGACUUGCGAGUAAAUCAGGGUUUUGACUACAGAUUGAAGAUUCAGAAUCAUGUGUUUCGAGACUGUGGUGCUCCGUGUCAUGAUAUGUUUUUCACGACAGCGAAAUUAGAAACUGCACGAUUGUGGAUUGGUACAUGGUCGUGUAUCUGUCUCGGAUCUACUCUGUUUACAGUUUUGACAUUUCUCAUCGACAUGACCCGGUUCCGUUACCCAGAGCGUCCAAUCAUAUUCUUGUCUGGAUGUUACUUCAUGGUGGCUUUGGCGUAUGUAAUCGGUUUCUCUCUCGACAAAGACAGUGUCGCUUGUCACAAAUUCCCCGAUCGCGAAGAGUCGUUAGUUACCCAAGGAACGAAGAAGGAAUGGUGUACAAUACUAUUUAUGAUGUUAUUUUUCUUUAGCAUGGCCAGCUCCAUCUGGUGGGUAAUAUUGACUCUUACAUGGUUUCUCGCUGCCGGCAUGAAAUGGGGUCAUGAAGCAAUAGAGGCAAACUCCCAGUACUUCCACCUGGCUGCUUGGGCUGUACCGGCUAUCAAAACCAUUGCUAUACUGGCCAUGGGUCAAGUUGACGGAGACGUUCUCAGUGGAGUAUGUUUCACAGGAAUAUUUGAUGUGGAUGCACUUCGUGGAUUCGUUUUAGCUCCGCUAGUGCUGUACUUGAUCAUUGGAACAUCGUUUUUACUUGCAGGAUUUGUUUCAUUAUUUCGUAUUAGAACAAUUAUGAAAAGUGACGGUACGAAGACCGAUAAGCUGGAGAAACUCAUGGUGAGAAUAGGAAUAUUUUCAGUUCUGUACACUGUUCCUGCGACCAUAGUGAUCGCUUGCUACUUCUACGAACAAUCAUUCCGUGACGACUGGAUGGCUUCCUGGUUCUACAGGAAGUGUAUGUUGUCGCGGACCACAUGUCUGGUUGAUCUGCCGAUGAACCACAACCCUGACUUCAAUGUGUUCAUGAUAAAGUAUUUGAUGACGGUUAUCGUGGGAAUCACGUCCGGGGUGUGGAUCUGGACAGGCAAAACUGUCAGUUCCUGGAAAGGAUUUUACGCGCGACUAUGCGGUGGUUCUAAAAAGCAGUCGGAAACGGUCGUGUAAUAAUUAUAAUGUCCACACAUAUACAUGCACAUGUGUGAUGUCCGUGUUUGGGUGUGAAACAUUAAAAUUCAGUCAUUAUUUGAAUGUGUAAUGUAAAGUGUGGUCGUUAUCCUGAUACAAACUUGUAUUAUCAAGAUGUGUCGUGCACAUGUAAAGCGCCUGCAGUGCUACGGUUGUGCUGUUGUACCCAUCUAUUGAUCUGUGGUGAGGAUUACAACUUGUCGACUUGCCCUGUAAUUAUGUCGCCGCUGAAAUGAUGGAUAUUUACCAAUUUUCAGGUUUGCAGUAUUGAUUCACGGGGCCUGUUGAUUGAAGGUUGUGUUUUACUGUAAAAACGUGCAUGUUUUUAGCGACGUAACCAUUCAUCCAUUUAAAUGCCAAAGAUGUACUCUCAAAUGUUUGAGAUGAAGAGGAAACCCCUCAUUCAUUGUCACUAGACUAAGCAUCCUGUUGUACCAUUAGAGACCACUGUAUCGCGAGUCUACCAUGGAUGAUACUGUGUAUUUUGUACGGACAUCAUUGUGGAGUACUUAAAAUAUCCAGCAAAGUAUUUAUAUUGCUUUAAUGUAUUUUUUUCAAGUAGGCAUGAUUGCUGUAGACUUCAGUGAAUUUCGUUGAAUGCUAAUUUUGUAUGUAUAUGUCCUAAAUACCUGAUCAACUUAAACUUAAUGGUGCAGAAAUGUUACAUAUCAUAUUAUCCAAACAAAUUUUCAUUUUUAUGUGGAUUAGUUUCGAUUAUGGAGUGAUUUAGUUGCAUUAAAAAAGUUAUUUUUUUCUGGUGUAUUUUAUUACAUUUCGUAUUUAAGGAAAAAUUAUUUGGAGAGAACUUAACAAGAUUUUUUUUUUAUCUACUUUGAAAAAUUUAGCAUGCUUGAAUAGCAGGUAGCUAUACAUCUAGGCUAAAAUUAUUGUCAAACAAAUUUUGUAAGGUCACUGCAGUUUACAGACUCCAAAACAAAAAAAAAUACUCCUUAACAUGAAAAAAUAUUAUGUUAACUUGCUAAUAAAAUAUUAAGAUAAGUAAGUAGGUCAUGAACUACAUUAACAGUGUGAAUUUUAAUGUGCUAGUGUAAGUCAGUACAUUGUGUUGUUAGUGUAAACCUUCAUUCUUUCAACAGUACAUUAAAUUUUUUAAAAUUCAUUUAAAACAUUGCAAACAAUAUAGCUGAAUUUUUAAACAGAUUAGAGAAGGCCAAAAUGAUAAAGUUAUGUGAUAUCAGUAUUAACACAAACUUCACUUUUUAUUCAUACGACAUAAAGUAAUAAUAGACAGCAUGUUGGAUUCUUCAGGGAAAAUAUAUUUUGUUUUUGGAGCAUAGCUUUUAUAUAUAUACCUAUAGCUAGUGACUCGACCUUUUACUCUGAAUGGGGUCAUGAAUAUGCAUAACCGUGACUGCCAAAUUAUACAUCAAAUGUCAAAUAAGCAAUAAGGUCCUGUAUGUAGUAGACCACACUAGAGCAAUGUCUAUCAUAACUCCCUUUGUAGAGAUCCAUGUAUGACGUUAGCUGGUAAGUUUAACCACGUCGCCUUACAGAACCCAACUAGGCCUCUGGACUUGUAUAAAUUAUGUAAACAAUAUCAUUUCUGGAAAGGUAUUUAUUUUGACUAGCUAAUACUUGACUCAUAUUUCACAUUGACAGAGGACUGUAUGUAGCACCAGCUGGCUAGAGAUUUUUUUUUUUUUUUGGAGGGGGUGGGGGGCAGUUUUUAUAUAUCAUUAGGUUUAAGUUGACUGAAACAUUAUUUAACAAACAAAUAAAUAUAUAUCAUUAUCUUACCACUUCAGGCAAGCUUUUGUUAAAUUACAAACAGAUGGACAACCAAUAUGAGCAAUAUACAAUUCAACCGUAUAAAUUCUGACUAAUCUGGCUUUGUUAUGUCGAGCCGUAAAUUUAUGCUAGUUAUUAAUUUGAAAUUGUAGAGUAUUCAUUUGAUAGUCGGGCCAGUAUUAAUAAAAUUUGUUUGCCUAAACUUGAUUCUGUAGUUAUUAAUUUUCAUAACAUUGUUAUUUGUGAUAUUUGAUUGUUUGGUUUAUAAAGAAUGUCUAUUGCAAUAUGUUUGAUGACUAAAUAUCUGGAUUUUAGAAUUUUAGUAAAAUCCAUAACUCAAAAUUUCAUAAAAUCGUUAGAAAAGUUUUUUUAGACAAGCAAUAUUUUAUUUGACAACCCGGGACCCCUCCUCUUUAAAAAAAAAGAAAGAAAUUGUGGGGGCAUUUAAUGCUUUACAUACAAUUCAUGAAUUAUAUA